AUGACUGACGCCGACAAGAUAGAAGACAACAAAAGCAGCAAAAAGCCUGUUACAAAAGAAAAGCUUCGGAGCAUAAUGGAAGCUGCAUCCGCUCUGACAGCUCUCGGCGACGAGGAGUCCGAUGAGGGUCGCCCCGGAACUCCCCCCAACGACGACAAAAAAGAAAUUGAGGGUACGAAGACGGAAGGGAAAGUUGAUGCGCCAAAGUCGGCUGAAAAGUCAGAUAUGAAAGAGGAAGACGCAAGCAAACGCUACCUUCCCGAUCACAAGAAACCCGACGCGGCCCCUACAUUUCCUGAAAAGUUUUGUCCUGAUAUUUUCACUGCAAUGUGCGCCCUAUUUCAUUUGGGCAGUGCUGUUUCGUCAACUAUCGGGCUGGGAUGUUUUUUUUUGCUGACACUUCACUCUCAUCCGUCUCUGUACAAAAAGCUUAUGAACUUGAUGCGCUAUGCUAAUGAGCAAGGAAAAGGCUUUUGCGUGGAAUGGCUCGGGGACGGAAGGUCUUUUGUGAUAAAUGAUCCCGAAAAGUUCACUCGCAAUGUUGUUCCCAAGUUCUUCAAGCAGACCAAGUUUUCGAGCUUUACGCGCAAGCUUUAUAGAUGGGGAUUCCGUCAAGUCAACCGCGGAAUUGGUCCGGACGACCCGAUCAUCUUCGGCAACGAAUUUUUCCAGCGAGACAACGCCGAGAUCAUGGCAAAGAUGCGAUCGAUUACCGCCGCUACUAGUCGCAAGCAAGAUCAACAUCAGAUGCCAUCCUACGCAAUGAAGCGCCCUUUCGACGGGCCCAUGGACGAAAACAUGCACAAGCGGAUGAUGUUCGAUCACUACUUACAAAACAAAGCGAACCACUAUAUGCACAAUCCGGCGGCCAUGUAUGCUGGUAUGCACGGUGGUAUGCAUGAUGGCGAAUCGCUUUCGCUCACAAAUGCUUUGUACCCAAAUAUGGGCAUGGGAGGGGGCCAUAGUCAAAACAUGAUGGGGAUGCACGGGAACAAUGGCCACGGCUAUGAUUUAAUGAAGGGGAAUGGGAUGAUGAAUCAGUACGUACCACACCAUCAAAACAUGCAAAGUCAACAGCAGGGGCAGUACCAAAAUCAAUCUUCCACCGCGGAGAUAGUAAACGCUGCAAUCAGUGCACUGCGUUACGCAAACUAA